AUGGCAAAAAUAAGCGGUUUAAUAUUGGGGCUAUUCCUCAUCGUUUCGGUGCUCGCUGUGCUGCAAGGUGCGGCGGGGCAGCAGCCACAGAAGCAGCGACCCCGGCCGGCCACACAGGCGGUACAGGCCGUGGCUAACAAAAACAAAAACAACAAUCGUCCCAGACCACACAAGAAGCAGCCGAACAAGGGUCAGCAGGAGAAGGAGCAGGAUAAGAAAAAGUUAAAGUUGAUUACGGUGGAUGUGCCGGAUUUGGGUCGCUUGCGAGGUCGCACACUGCAGUCGGAGUGGACGGGAAAGCCUAUAUUACAGUUCCUGGAUAUUCCCUAUGGCUCAGUGCAUCAGCGCUUCAAGCCAGCCGAGCCCACCGGCCAAUGGAAGGGCGUUCUACAAGCGCAUCGCCAUCAUGCCGGCUGCCCAUCAAUACAGGACCUCGAAAAGUUUGCCAAGCUUGAGAAGAGCGGCGAAGAUGUGGAGGACUGUUUGAGGUUGACAAUCAACACCAGAAAGAUGGAGGGCAAGCUGUCGCCCGUUAUGGUCUACAUUCAUGGGGAUUUCUUUUAUGAGGGCGACAGCAUGGAAGCCGCACCUGGAUAUUUGCUGGAGAAGGAUGUGGUCUUGGUGUCGGUGCGCUAUCGCUUGGGCCCGUUCGGCUUUUUGUCGACCAAGAGCGAGGAAAUGCCUGGAAAUAUGGCCGUUACGGAUAUUAUUUUGGCUCUUCAGUGGAUACAGGAGCAUAUUUCCGGUUUCGGGGGUGACCCAAAGAGAGUGACCCUCUUCGGUCAAGUGGGCGGGGCAGCACUUGUGAAUGUUCUCACCCUGAGUCCAGCUGUGCCGGCGGGUCUCUUCCAUCGAGUCAUCUAUCAAUCUGGCUCGGCCCUAUCGCCUGCCUUCAUUACAGACUCACCGUUGGCGGCCACCAAAGCUAUUGCCACCAUUGCGGGCUGCCCUGUUAAAAAGCUGGAUGCCCUACACAAGUGCCUGAAUCGCCUGAACACAACCAUGUUGCUGGCCUCCUUCACGGUGCAUGCCGACAACACGCCCGCCCUGAGCGGGGGCACCUAUAGCGGAGUCCAGCUGGUCAUUGGCGGACCCUCUGGCAUACUGCCCGAGCAUCCGGGACGUCUUCUGGCCGCUGAAAAGUUCCAGGCCUAUCCCACGCUAGGUGGCAGCGUUAAGCAUGGCGGCUCCUUUAUGUUGCGAGACAUUUUCAUCGACACUUUCAAUGAGACUAUACUGGACGACUCGAUGACCGGAAAACAAUAUAUUGAGAGCAUCAUCGAGCAGACAAAUGGAGCUGAUCCCACCGGUGCCUGGCUUAAGUUUGCCGAGGAGGAGAUCUUCAGCGCUGAGGAUCUGCGGAAUGGCAGCUUCAAGCGCCUCACGCCCGGACUCCUUGAUCUUUGCAGCACAAUUUCCCUGAAGAAUCCCGUGCUGCUCGUGCUGCAGGCCAAUGCCAAGAAGCUACCCAACAGCACCUACCUCUACACUUUCGACUACGAGAGCGACCUGAACCGGUAUGCCACCCCACCAGAUGAAGUCGUGGACGUGCCCUUCGACAUGGGCGUCUCUCUGACCGAUGACAACCUGUACUUGUUCCCCUGGCCGCGCUUCAACGUGUUGAACUCGAAUCGCGAUAUAAAGAUUGCCAACCGUAUGGUAGAUCUCUGGACCUCAUUUGCAACCAGUGGAGUGCCUGCGGCCAAGAACAUGCCUGCCUGGCCAGCCUUGAGCGAUGAGGCCGGUCCCUACUUAAGGAUCGGACGCACUGUCAGUAUUGGGGACAACUAUUUGGACGAGUACAGCAUUGCCGUUCAGGAAGCCAAACAGGGCUACAGCAUAGUCAAUGAGGAUUACUAUGAUCUGGCGGCGGUAUUGCGAGAUUUCGAUCAACAGGAUCAGUCAUAA